ACCCCCCACAAUUUUCACCAUCAAACCCAUUUGAGAAACUAGAACUGAAAAGAGUGUCAACACCUUUGUGAAGAACAUAAAAAAAAUGGCAGAGAAGGAGCAAUCACCCUAUCCGCUAGUACCAACCAAUGGCCAUGCCCGAAGUGAUGAGGAAUCAGACAAUGGAUCCGCAGAGCUACGUAAAAAGAAGCGCAUGAAGUGCGUAGCAUAUAUUGUUGCUUUUGCUGUGUUCCAAACCAUAAUUAUAGUGGUCUUUGCACUAUUUGUGAUGCGUUUCAAAAGUCCUAAGUUCCGGGUACGUGAUGCCUCAUUUGUUAGUACUUUUAAUUUCACAAAUGCUUCAUUCGACUUGGUAAUGGAUACUCAAUUCACAAUAAAGAACACCAAUUUUGGUCACUUUAAAUAUGAACAUGGCAGUGUUACAUUUUCCUAUGACGGUAUGAUUGUUGGUGAGGCCCAACUUGGCGAGGCACGAGCCAGGGCUCGAUCAACCAAAAAGGUUGAUCGUUUAGUGACCCUGAGUUCAAGCGAUUUGCCUACCAAUUCUAAGUUAACAAGUGAUCUGGGUGGGGGUAUUUUGCCACUGACUAGCAACUCAAAGCUGGAUGGAAAAAUACACCUGAUGAAGGUUAUCAAGAAGAAGAAAUCUGCUCUAAUGGAUUGCACUUUGGAAGUUAAUCUUGGAAUGAAAAAAAUCCAGAAUGUGCAAUGCAAGUGAUACUCUUUGGUUAUGUGCCUAAGUUUAAUUUUUAAAGAUAUAUAUGUUCUUCUUUUUCUUUUUUCUUUUUGGUUUAUUUCCUUUCUUUUUAUAUUGUAAUUUGUAAGCCAAUUACUACCAAGGGACAACUUUUGUUGACUAGUGUACGUAGUUCGUCCCUCAUAUGGCUACUCUUUGUAUUACGGUACUCAUGUUGAAAUUUUACUUAUAAUCAAGUCUCAAUCAUCCAUAUAUCAGCUUAAUUAA